AUGGGCCAGCCAUCGUUUGCGGCGUCAAACGCCAUCAUCUAUGUGACUUAUGGCUUCUUCCUCGUCUUGGGCACGGGCAUUGCCUGGAGAAUGAGAAAGCAGCCCAACACGGAGUUUCUCUCCGGCAACAGGACACAGACUGGUCAGAAUACGCAAGAAUAUGACGCCCUUGUUCUCCGGCGCUCAUCUUAUUCAGCCCAUCAUUUCCCCCCUCUUCCAAGUUCUGAAGCUGACUUGUCCGCGUUGAUUGCAGCUUGGCCUCUGGCCUUCAACUUCAUCGCCUCUGCCUUGGGAUCCGGUAUCCUGUUUUCGUACCCGGAACUCGCAACCAUUGCCGGUGUUCAGGGUGUCGUCGUUUACGCAUUGGCGUCUGCGCUGCCCCUGCUUGUUUUCGCCCUUCUUGGCCCCAUGAUCCGUCGCAAGUGUCCUGAUGGAUUCGUUUUGACGGAGUGGACGCGUAACCGAUAUGGCACGGUUGCCAUGCUGUACCUGAGCUUCAUGACGCUUGUUACCUUGUUCCUCUACAUGGUUGCAGAGCUGUCGGCUGUCGGACAAGUCGUCAACGCUCUUACCGGCCUUGAUGGACUUCCAGUCAUCAUCGUGGAAUGCGUGGUCACAACCAUUUAUACAUCUCUGGGUGGAUUCAGAAUCUCGUUUCUCACAGAUGUGAUCCAAGGAGCCAUGGUUGUCGGGCUCAUCAUCAUCGCCACCAUCACCAUUGGCGUCAAGGCCGAGAUUGACCGCGACCUCAUCGACUCCUCGGGCCUCACCAAGGCCAGUCUUGUGGGAUGGCAGCUGGUGUACAUUCUUCCCGUUGCCGUGCUGACCAACGACUUCUUCCUCUCCAACUUUUGGCUGCGUACCUUUUCAUCCAAGACGGACAAGGACUUGUGGGUCGGCAUUUCUGUUGCGACGGUGGCCGUCCUGUGUAUCCUCACCUUGGUUGGUGCUACCGGUCUUAUUGCUGCAUGGACAGGAGCUUGGCCUGGAGAUGAUGACAUUGACGGAUCUCUCGCCUUCUUUGCUCUGCUGGAGCAGCUGCCGAGCUGGGUUGUGGGCAUUGUGCUGGUCAUGGUUGUCAGUCUGAGUGUCUCUGCCUUUGACUCUCUGCAGUCGGCCAUGAUCUCAUCGGCGUCCAACGACCUGUUCCGCAACAAGCUCAACAUCUGGAUCAUCCGAGUGCUUGUCGUGCUUGUCAUCAUCCCCACUGUGGUGAUUGCGCUCAAGGCCCCGUCCAUCUUGCAAAUCUUCCUCAUCAGCGAUCUCGCGUCGGCGGCCACGAUCCCUGUGCUCUGUAUCGGUUUGAUCGACUCGUUUUACUGGUGGCGCGGGUUUGAGGUUGUCGUGGGAGGACUGGGCGGCAUCCUGACCGUCUUCAUCUACGGCGCCAUCUACUACGGCGAUGCAAAGAGCGGCGGUGAGCUGAUCCUGCUCGAGCAGGGUCUCUACGCGGGCGAUUGGGGUGCUUUUGGAGCCUUUGUGGCCGCCCCUGUCGGAGGCAUCAUCUGGGGCUUCAUUGCUUUGGCGCUGAGGCUGGCGGUCCAGUUCGCUCUGGCCAAGAGCCGGGGCGAGCGUUUCGAUGCUCUCGAUCGCCCGGUGGCUACGAGUGAAGAGGAGGAGGAUGACGCCCAGCUCGUGACUGAGAUUUCGACCAGCGUUGCCGGCAAUACCUUGGUAGGUAGCCGCCCUUGCAUCAUCGAGCCGAGCCUCGCGCAGAACCCAAACCCAAACCCGCACAACAGCGACAACAGCGACAACAACACACUCCACAUUGCUCAACUCACCAAGCUUCCAUCUCCUCGCAACUCAAAAAAGCUCAGCCUCACAAUCCUCCUCCUCCUCCUCCUCCUCCUCCUCCUCCUCCUCCUCCCCAGCCUCCGAGCUCAUGGCAUAAACACACACCUCUCUUCUCCGAUUGGUGAUGGCAAAGGCGACGACGCCGCCUCCAAGCUACGAGGCCGUGUCCGCCGCUCCUCCUCACCCUCCUCACCCUCGCCCUCACCCUCGCCCUCACCCUCCUCCGCCUCCCAUUUCCGUCGCGACGCCGGGCCUCUCCAAACGCCGUCCCGCCUCGUCUCCCUCGUCCCCGACCUCGUCCCGAUCCUGGCCAUCGUCGUCGUCCAACCCCUGGUCAUCGCCCACCAAGACUUGGUCAUCGUCGUCAUCCUCUCGUCCGGAAGGCCUCACGAUCUGGCGCCUCUGACCACCAAUGGUGCCCCGACCUCGACCUCAUCCUCCUCCGCUGCUCGCAUCCGCUCCGCCUCCCUCUCCGUCGCCAGCGCCGAAAAGCCUCCCAUACCGUCCAUGCUGCAGCCCCGCGUCGCCGUCGUGCUCAACGUGCCCCAGCCAUGGCAUCCCUGGCUCUUCGCCUUGCGCCUUUGCUCGAUCCUGCCGGCUCUGUGGUGGGGGCUACCCUCGCUGCUGCGCUUGCUGCUUCACUUCUUGCCAGGCCCGCCUGAGCAGUUUUUGCUCGUCAAACAGAUAGCCGUCUCGGGCAGCAAUAUGGAUGCUCUCCAGGCAUCUCUCUUGUCCACGUGCUCGCGUGAGGAAGGUGAAGCAGCCGCGGCGGCGACGGCGGCAGUCUUGGCGGCGCCCUAUCCCAUUACCGAGACAGCCUUGGCUACAAUAUGGUGCUUUGCCUGCGGCUACCUCGCUUUCUUCUUCACCGACUGCCUCAUGUCUCGAUGGCUCAUCAACUAUACCCCUCAUGCCACCCUGGUUCGCCUCGCAUCUAUCAACGCCGUCAAUGCCUACCUUACUCUCACCGUGCUGUCCCUUACGGGGGGAUUCCAGGACCCACGACUUCUCCUCCCCGGCUGGGUCAGCAUAGCAACCUCCCUCACCAUUUGCUACCACGUCACGCAUUCCAAAAUCAACAUUCGAAAAGAAACAAUCACCUCGGUCAACGUCUUCUCCAUAGCUAGCUACAUCACUAUGGUUGUGCUGCUGGCUCACAUGCAGUGGUACAAGCCCGACUACCCCACCAUGCCCAUUGUAUCAAAGGGCAGCCGCCUCUGGCAAAACGGCAAACGGCUCUUGGCCAACGUCAAGGCGCUGAUUAACGAACACGCCCAGUAG